AUGGACCACGUUCAACAGCUGGUCACACUAGGCGAUAAUCCAAGAGAAGAGAGAGCUUACCGUGAUCCUGCUAGCAUCGAAAGUGUCGAAUAUCGCAUCCGUAGCGAGCCAAACCACCUCUACGAAGACCCAGACAUUGACGAAGACAUAGUAUAUCGCAUCAUCCCUGGGGCCGUGGUGACGAAGAGACAUUUGGACAUUUGCGCUGAGCAAUUCUCGACUAAUUAUGGUGUGUGGAGUCAGAGAGCACGUCUCGUUAUGGGCUCCUGGGCUGAGUAUGGCAAGCACAUAAGACUUAGUCGCGAUAGGCUAAGAGCUCAGUGUUUACCAGACGGAGUCAACAACAUCCUAGUGAUAGCCAUUACUAAGAAUGGUCUACAGGUCGGCUAUUGCUUUAUAAGCCAGUGGAUGCACGGCGACGAUCGGGUGUGGUGGAUAACGCAACUACUGGUGUUGGAAGGCUACCGCAACCAGGGACGAGCUACCAAGAUGCUACAAGCCUUGGCCAUGCAUUACGAUGUCGGCAGAUCCACCCGGAGAGAUCUCGUUGGAGUAGCGUCCUCAAAUCCUUACACCAUUUGUACUCUCCUCCGCGUUUUCGGUCGAGGCAUUGAGGUACUGCCUUCGAAGCCAGAUUGGGAAGAAAAUCCUGUUCGUCAUACGCCGCUGCCCAUUUCAGCAUGUGAGCCGAUAGUCAAAGCCGCACCAGUCAACUAUAUCCGCGAUGCCAAAUUGUUACCUGGGACACUGACUGUCAACACAAGAUUUUUCAUAGAUCACGCCGCGCCUGAUGAAGCUUUGACAAGAAUCGUAUACAGUAUGAACAAGCAGCUGGUCGAGCCGUGGGAAUGGUUGUUUGGGCACUUGGAACCCGGUUGUGAGUAUCUGUGUAUUUUGGACUAUUCCUUCGACUCGGAGUAUAGGCUAGACUCGGUGCUUCAUGACGAGUUAACAAUCUCGAGCGCGGCUCAACCAAAAGAAGGGAGUUCAAACCGUACGAAGAAGACGUUUGAAAUCGGCAGUUCCAAACACCUUAAACGAUCGUCAAGUUUGAUCCAAUAUGAUGAGAUUGAUCGUUAUCUGCUCGAAGUUCCCAGCAGCUGUCAGCUUGAUCCAAAAUGCAAUCGAGCUUAUGCAUCCUUAUAUGACAGUGUGCGCAAGCUCAUCUUUGAAGCAAAAGGGCUGAUUGAAACAACACCUAUGCUGUCCAUCAUUAUGAGUGCGAAGCAAAUACCGGAUGAUCUUCGCAGAGUCUAUCAGUCGGUGGACUUUUGCUUCCCACUACCAGAGCAAGUGCGGACCUGGGCGGACUUCACUGAGUACGCAUAUGGUGUUUUCGAGGAAGACAUUAAUGUCGCUGCUAGGUUGUUAAUCCUUCAGGCCAUCCACUUUCAGGAGCUCAGAGAUGAUCACGAAAGCCCGCAAAGAGCAAGAGUGAUGGAGAGCCUGGAGCUGGUGAAGCUAAAGAGAAUGAGGGAGAAAGGUCAGUCAGCCAAACGAGUCAGACAAAAGCCUACAAUUCAGCGACCGAGGUUUACAGCAAAUACUUCUCGAGAUAAGGAUAGUGCUUUGUCUGCAAAGCCUCGGAAGGGACCUGGACUCACCCCGAUGGUACCUCCUCGGAAGCCUCUCGCCCCAAAGCCUCGGGGACCGUCCAAAAUUGCCGAAAUGCCAGCAAAGACAGAUGCAUAUACCACCAAGCCUCGUACAACGUCUAUGCUCUCAUCCAUCGGGAAUUCCUUUCGAAGGUUGAGAGUUUCUAACCCUCGGCGAUCACUGUCAGAGUCUAAGCCUCGAGGUCCUAUACCGGCGACAAACGCAUCCAACGAUACGCCAGCACCGACGGAGGAGACACCGCCGCAGACCCCCCUUAGCCGUAGCUUUGGACCAAUCCCUCGGACUGCACCAAUUCGGAUUUCUGCGGUUCCCAAGGAUCCUUUCUCUGCAAAAGUCAUUCGUCGAUACGAACACGAGGCGCAUGCUGCUAUCACACCACCCGCAACUCCGCUAUCUUCUCAGCCGCAAGCGGACUUACCACGUUACAUGGCCCCAACUAUGAGCUCAAUGCAACGGUAUAAGACUCACAGUCCUGAACUUUUCUAUUCUGAUGAGUCUGAUGACGGAAGUAGGUCGAGUGUGUCCGGUCGGCCGUGUUUGAAAAACAGCGGGAAGGUCUUAGAUCGGACGUGGGGGAAGAGAGGAUGA